AUGGGAAAGAAGCAUCGCCGCAGCCGAAAGAACAGCAAGGGCGAUGAUGACGGAGACGAGGAUUACCAUGAUGAUGACAACAACCACAGCAACAAUAAUAACGAGAAUGACAAUAACUCACCAUCCUUGAAAAACAUGUCCUUUGCCGAAAAACGAGAAUACCAACGCAAACAGGCAGCCCAAAAACGCAAGGCCAAACAAAAAUGUUACCUCUGUGGUCAGUCGGGUCAUGUUCGUAGAGAAUGUCCUGGUAUUGCCGACGAUGGACGGGGCAUGUCCCGCUUCAAGAGCAAGAGGGAUCCAAAAGGAGAAAAACUAAAGCGAGAACAAGAAAAACAACGGGUGCAAAAGCAACAACAAAGUAACGGAGAGGAUCGCUCCAUGGAAGCGGAUUACUUUGAUCUGGUUGAGUAUCCUGAAGGAUUCGUGCAUCCACCGGAAGAGGAUGACAAUAACAACAACGAAGACAAUAAUGAAGAAGAUAAUGCUGCUGGUCAACAACAAGAGAAGAUAGAAACGGAACACGAUGCAUCAUUAUUGGCCAUUCCUCAUCCCUUUUUAGAUCCUCACUGUCGCGUCUUGGAAUCUAUUGAGUACAUGGAAUCCCAACGAGAUGCCAAAAAGAGCAGCAAGAAGAACAAGAAGCAGAAUGCCAACAGUAGCAGUGACGAUACGGAUGCAACCACACGGGAAUAUCAAGCCAUUUGGAAGCGUGCGAUUCAAACGACAGGGUUGGCUGGCAUUAUUGUUCCCACAGUGGUGCAAAUGCAUGUGCCUUGGAGCAACCCCAUUCCAUGGUUGGGUGUUGCCGAAGAUGCCGAUAAUGAUGCUGAUGAUGAUGAAGAUUUGGAAAAUGAAAAUAAUGAUAAUGAUGGCAAUGGAGAAGCACCAGCGGAAGAGCAACCAGAACAACCUCACAGCAAGACGAUUCCCAUUCUCUUUGCUCUUGGAUUGGCAUCCACAGUCCCCUGCACUACAGAAGCAGAACAAACCGAUGCCAAACAACUCUUACUUCAAACCAUCGGAACGGAUGCAAACGACGACAACGACAACAAGAAACAAAGUAUUGCAGCCCUCUGGGCAGUCUUGGACUACACCAAACCUAAUCGAACCCGAGAAGGCCAACAAAAGCAACUAGAAUGUCUCUUGCAAGUAGCGAGUGAAACCAAUCUGACCCUUCAAGUCCAAGUGUUACCAGGGAUUCCUUCCGAUUUGGUGGAGGCGGAUGCCUCGGUGGCUGGGACGGAUUAUGCGCAAGCCCUUCUUGAUUUUCAAGCAGCCUUGGCCAAUCAUUUGGCAUCCACUGGACGAAAUGACGGUAAUACUCGAUUGAAAAUACACUUGGUCGGUUGGCAGGGCCGAUCCGAUCAUACGCUGAGUCUUCUCAAGGCCUUUGCUACUGAUGACAACUGUCCCUCCAUAUUUAUUGGUUUGGAUCCCACUGUGACCUUUUCCAAGGCGAAUCACUUGCACGAAUUGGCCUUUGAAGUGCCGUUGCACCAAUUGGUCAUCGAAACGAGUCAGAUCAUUCCCUCGUACAUUACCAAAAAGUUGGGACGGCAGGCAGCACCGCAUGCGGCGUGGUGGCCCUUUGUGGCCCAAGCGGUGGCCAACCACAACAACCAAGGAGAAGAACUGGCAAAGGUUACCCAACAGGUGACGGAGAAUAUUCAAGCAUUGUACCCUGCGUUGGGUUCUGGUGGGGAUUAA